CGCAGAUGGCAACACCGGAUCCCGCGCCCUCCCAGGGGAUCCCGGAUACCCCUGCCCCCAGCUCCCAGUCUUGCAGCCUCGACCUCCCGCAGGUGUUGGCGGCCUCGAGCGGUUUGGAGGUCCGCCCCCCGGCGGAGCUGGGGCUGCAGGAGUGGCCUGACGGCUGGAGGUACCAGGGGGAGUUCCAGGCGAAUUUGAAGCAUGGAGAAGGGAGAUUUGAGUGGAGCAAUGGCGAGUAUUAUGUAGGACAGUUCUACAAAGAUCAUCGCCACGGAUCCGGAUGCUACUUCUGGCCAGAUGGGACCAAAUUCAUGGGAAAGUUUUACCUGGAUCGAAAAGAGGGAUACGGCACUUUAGAAAUGGAGGAUGGUACCAUAUUCCAGGGUCUUUAUAAAGAUGAUGAACGCUUUGGACCUGGAGUAUUAACCUAUCCCAAUGGGCGUCAAGAUGUGGGGCUGUGGUAUCAGAAUCAUCUCAUCAGGCUUUGUACGACAAUAGAAGGAGCCUUCACAGUGGAGGAUCACCCACUUUACCACCCUGAUGUGGGGAAGCAAGUUAUCACAAUAAAACCGUACAAGGAGAAGUACCUCUGGAGAACUGAUCCUGUAGAAGAUCCCUUCUUUUACCCAUACAAGAAGCUCCUGUAUGAUGACAGCUACACCCUGCCACCAGAAAUUGGGACUUAUUCCAAUGAUGCUGAUCACUUACCCCUUACUCGUUCUUAUAGGAGAGAAGGUGACAGGCAUUUCUUCCCAGAAGAAGAGUUGGUAGAUGAGGACCAGAAAGAAACACUCACCAUUAUAAACAAAACUCCUUUGUUGGUUAAAAUGCAGAUGCACAUCCACAGACAUAGGUUCGCACAGACUAAACUCUCGUGGGAUGUGGCGGCUGUGAUAGAAGGAAACCGCAAGGGCUUUGGACCCAAAGGACCCCUCGAGUGCAACUCCGAGCAACUGAUCAUCGCAGCCGGAGAGGGUGAAUACGAUAAAGUGCAUGAGAUCCUCAAAACCAACUUAGUAAGUGCAGAUGUUGCUGAGCUUCAGGGGCAUACAGCUCUAAUUGGAGCCUCGAUCGCUUGCCGCAGUGAUAUCGUCAACAUUCUGCUGGACAAUGGAGCGAAUGUGAACAAGCUGAAUAACGAAGGUGUUUCUGCGCUCAACAGCAGCCAGACGCUUUACUAUCCAGUAGGCUGCUUUAAAAUCAAGGGAGUUACCAGAAAUGCAGAUGUUAAGAAGGUCAAGCGUGCUCCUGUUAGAACUUCAGUCAGAAAGAUUUCCCAGAAAGAAAGUGCUGGUGAACUAACAGAGGAAGUGAAGAAGGCCAAAAGGCUCUCGAUUUACGACCGCAGAAUCAGGUUGGGCAGCAUAGUCCUCAAGAGACCUCCAUCAGUAAGCAGUGAAAAGGAUGAGGAGGUUGCAGAGUUGGGAGCAUCAGGAGAGGAGGAAAGUGUAACGUCUGAGAUGGAUGAUAAUUCCGAGAGGCUGCAGUCACCAUCAGUGGGGUCUCCCUCUUCCGGAGGCUCUGGGUCUGAGUUGAGUGACCGCAACUAUCUGAUAACGGUUGGUAACCAACAUUUGCAUCGUGCAGCUUAUAUGUUGAGCAGGAACAAGAAAUUCAGGGAGUUGACUAAGAAUCCACCCCAAAGAUCUGAUGGUACACAAGUUGAAAAUGUACGGAGAAUAGCAGAAAUGAAAUCGGAGCACCAGAGUAGAAGAAAGGUUACUUAUCUACUCCUCCGUAGAGGGGCAAACCCCAAUAUUUCCACACAUCCAAUGCCAUCAAUUUUUUUCUCAUUGUUGGCAGCAGACAUCUCAGCAAUCAAGGCCUUAAUAGGGGUCGGAGCAGAUCCAAACAUCCGACUUCAAACAAUGAUGGAAGGAAUGAAUGGACUACUCCCACUCCACAUUGCUGCAAAUCUCCCAAGCAAGAAAGGAGUGACGGUUACAGAGCUCCUGCUGAAGGCUGGAGCAAACCCUGAUCUACGAGCAGAAGACAAGGAUGAGAUCUAUGAGCCUGAUCAGCAACCUGACCCAGAGUCGCUGACCGGGUUUGUCGUGAAAAGCCCCAAUCAAUCAGGUGUCCCGAAGCAUUAUUACAGUCCGUCUGAAGUCAUUCCUGAGGCAGAUGGACGAACUGCUUUGCAUAUCGCUUGUGAACGUGAAGACAACUACAAGCAUGCUCACCAGGUUGUUCAGCAUCUUCUGAAGCACAAGGCAAAUCCCAAUUUAUUAUGGAGUGGUCAUUCGCCCCUUUCCUUGGCCAUCGCCAGUGGAAAUGACCUGGCAGUGGAUGAGCUGUUGGCUAAUGGGGCUGACCCAAACCUGCCACUUACUCACGGCUUGGGAAGCGCGCUGAGUGUGGCGCUGAGCACCAAGUACGAGGACAAGAGAAGCCUGCAGGGUAGAGUGGCAUUGGUCACCAAGUUAAUUGCAGCCGGGGCCAAUAUCUUGAUGCCCAUCACAAUUCAACACAAGGGCAACAAAGCUGUGGGAACUGCUCUGGAUUACGCCCACUACAAAUAUUACCAGGAUAAGAGAAUCGCACAGACACCUUACCAUGCCCUCUUGCCUGAAGAGCGAGAGAUCUAUAAUGCCCGGCGCUUCCUUCUCAACUUCUUGGGCGAGCCAUUCCGAACGGCCUCCAUUGGCAGGGAACGAAGACGGUUGGACCCCAUCAUCCAGCAGAACAUCCAAUCCCAGGCACCUGGGACUUUAUCCCAGCUGACUGAAUCAGAGGCACUUACCUUCGCUGGCAUCAGUCUAACAGCACAGGCCAUCUUUGAGCGACAUGCUCAGAGGGCCGACAAGACUCUGCCUUUGACAGCGACCUCGGAAAAGAAGAGGAAGACCGAAGACACAGCUCCCAGGAGACAGCUGUUCAAGUUCAAGUUCUGCUACUAUUGUGGACGCUCAGUGGGGGUUCAUCUGAUUGCAUGCAGCCGGUGUAAGGAGGUGUAUUACUGCAGCAAGGCCUGCAAGCUGGCGUCUUGGAAUGAAUUCCACAAGCACGAGUGCCACCUCAUGAAAGGAAAAGCUCGUACUUCAUCCAAAAAGAAAAAAGGGGAAGCAAAGGGAAAAGAGGGAACAGAUGAUGAAGAAGAGGGAAUGGAAGCGGAAAAGGGAAUGGAAGCGGAAGAGGGAAUGGAAGGGAAGGGGGAAAUGGAGGAUGAAUCACUAGAUUGGAGCCGUUCAACGUCACUGUCCAUGGAUCUGGACAACUACAGCUUCAAUUAA